UCAGUUACAUCGUUUACAAGCGAGCAGCACAGUUGCCCGAGCGUCGUCCGCCUUAGUGUUGACGACUCAAUGGCGAACCGUGUGUCGGCAUCACAUAGUAGAAAUAAUCCUAAUCAAAAUACUUCAUCGUCAAAUAAUCGCUCAAGUCGUUCGACACUUACUACACAUACGUAUGCAUCCACUAAUACAUAUAAUACCGAACCAACGUACACAACAACACGUAUAACAGGUGAUCCUCGAACUCUUCAUUGA